AUGGAUGCGGCACGGCGGCUCGGAUCUCGAGGUAAAGAUGAUGCUACGGCCAGAAAGCCCAAAGUUUCCUUCUUCAAUGACUACUCGGCAGAAGUGGUUCGGCGGCGUAAGGCAUUUGAUGACACGAAGACCCGACUAAGGAAAAUGAACGUGAUCUAUGCAUUGCUCUAUCCGGCUACUUUAAGGGUGACAGUCGAUGGUAAGCAGAAGAGAUUCGACUCUCCGAAAGAUGGCGCAUUACUCGCACAGUCAUUAGAAGGACGCAAAGUGUUGUCAAAACAUCAACUGCAAUUUUUUACCUGCUUGUCAAAAUAUAACGUCUGUCCUUCCAACCCAGGUUCAAACGUAAUCCAUAUCAAGAAAGCCAAUUAUGGCCGGACAGAUGAAACUACCUGCUCUUCUGGGCGACCUGCAGAUCAGCUCAGCAAUACCAACUGCUAUGCUCCCACAACACUCCCUAUAAUAAGUGAAAGAUGUGAAGGAAGAACAAAAUGCCGUCUGCAGGCCUCAAACAGCAUCUUCUCUGAUCCAUGUGGUGGCACCUACAAGUACCUCGACAUUUCCUACAGCUGUGUUCCUCCAAUUAGCCACGUCAGGAUCUCUCAUGCCACUCGAUCCGGGGGCAUCCCAAUUGAACCAGAGACCACUCUUAAAUUCGACUGCCACUCAAAAUGUGAAGGAAGAACAAAAUGCCGUCUGCAGGCCUCAAACAGCAUCUUCUCUGAUCCAUGUGGUGGCACCUACAAGUACCUCGACAUUUCCUACAGCUGUGUUCCUCCAAGUAAGGAACCGGAGCAUCUCAUCACCACAAUCGUGCACUAUAAAUGCAACAUGUUCAUUUGCCAGUUAAACAUCCUUGUUGUCAAAACAUCAACUGCAAUUUUUUACCUGCUUGUCAAAUAUAACGUCUGGCCUUCCAACCCAGGUUCAAACGUAAUCCAUAUCAAGAAAGCCAAUUAUGGCCGGACAGAUGAAACUACCUGCUCUUCUGGGCGACCUGCACAUCAGCUCAGCAAUACCAACUGCUAUGCUCCCACAACACUCCCUAUAAUAAGUGAAAGGUCAGUACAUGACACAAAGGUUCUGCUGUGUAAAUGGGUUUCUCUGUAUUCAUCCCUGCUAGUGAAGGCAGGAUGUUAUGUCCGAUUUAAGUCUAAAACAGCAUCUUUCCAGACCCUUUCCUUAAACCUACAAGUACCUUCUUUGAAUGACUGGGGAGUUUUGUCAAGAACAUGUGAAGGAAGAACAAAAUGCCGUCUGCAGGCCUCAAAUAGCAUCUUCUCUGAUCCAUGUGGUGGCACCUACAAGUACCUCGACAUUUCCUACAGCUGUGUUCCUCCAAGUAAGGAACCGGAGCAUCUCAUCACCACAAUCGUGCACUAUAAAUGCAACAUGUUCAUUGUAACACGGAUGAUGAGUGGUUUUUAAGAUGCUACCCAGAGUUAACAUCCACUGUCCUUUCUUUCAAACAGAGUCCAGCCAAACAUGUGAAAGCCUCCAUGGCGAACUGGACUGUGGUGUGUAUUCCCUCACAUUGUUUCCUACAAGACUUUCUUUAUAUGCUGCACUUGCAAAAUGUCCUACAGAGCUUGGCAGUCAGAAUCUUUACCUCUGGCCUGUAUAAGAGUUCCUCUCGUCUCCAC